AGGAGGCUGUCCAAAUGUGAUUACAAAAAGCCAGCCUCCAGCCGGAGAGCUGUUACCUCACUGCUGUUCCCAUCUAACAUCAGGCUCCGGGAAGGAAAGGAAGAUUCCUCUUCUCCCCUCCUCCAAGUGACAAAGCCCGCGCGCGGCGCCACCAUGCGGCAGGAGGCGGUGUCGCUCUUCCUGUGCUACCUGCUACUCUUCGCCGGCCGCGGGGCGCAGGCAGGCAAACGACAAGAGGGAAAAGAAGGCUCGGAAGGCGGAGGCUCCGGGUUCUGGGGCGCGCUGACCUACAUGGCGGUCGGAGGAGGGCUCCUGGCCGCCGGGCUGCCCGCGCUGGGCUUCAUGAGCACCGGCAUUGCCGCCAACUCGGUGGCCGCCUCGCUGAUGAGCUGGUCGGCCGUGGCGAACGGGGGCGGGGUGCCCGCCGGGGGGCUGGUGGCCACGCUGCAGAGCCUCGGGACCAGUGGUGGCAGUGCCCUCAUGGGCAAGGUUGGUGCCUUUCUAGGCUACACUGUCCACAAAUUCCUCGGAAACAGCAAGGAGGAGGUGGACGAUGAGGAGUAGCCAGCAGCAGCCGGGAACCCACUCCUUCCAACUGUAGCCCGGGGCUUUCUCUGUCACACUCAUCAGUGACCUAAGUGAAAACAGAAUAAAAUUCAAUCAGAAAACA